AUGGAGAAGGAAAGAAUUGGAUUCAGUACAUCACUUCCAGAAGAAGAAGCAACAGUCAAGAUACAGAAGUUUCAAAAUUUCAAUGGCCGCCUUUUAUGCGACUUCGCAUCGUCAGAGCCUGGAAAGCCAAAGUCUGCGAUCUUUCCUCUCAGUGGUCAACAGAAGAAUCAGAUUUACAUUUGA